AUUUACACAUUAUUUUCGGAUUUUCGGGGUGAAUCUGCGUUUUUUUAUGAACAGUCUAGAGAAUAAAAAUUCCGUUGUCAUUCUCAAGAUUCUCGAAUCAAACACAUUCUCACCUUAUAAUAAUUAUAAGAUCUUAUAAAAUUGUUUAAAGAACAUUACGAAAUGGCUGAUGAUGAAUUGGAUGCCAUAAGGGCCAGAAGAAUGGCAGAACUUCAAGGGGGAGGAGGAGGACAGAAUAUGCCGAGUCCAGAGGAGCAAGCUGAAAGACAAAGACAGAUGAGUGAUAUGAAAAAUGGCAUCCUCAGUCAAGUACUGGAUCAGUCUGCUAGAGCGAGAUUAAACACAAUUUCUUUAGCAAAACCAGAAAAAGCCAAGAUGAUAGAAGGCAUGUUAAUGCAGAUGGCGCAAAGUGGUCAGAUACAAAAUAAGCUUGGUGAAGAUCAGUUAAAAGGACUGUUAGAAAAAGUCAGUGAGAGAACAAACAAAAAAACUACAGUAAACUUUAAGAGAAGAGGAUUAGACGACUCGGAUGAUGAAUUUUAGAAAGAUUGUGAAAUACCUGCUAUAAUGUAUGUGGAGGAAGAUGUUUGACAUUCUGUGAUGGUAGUGAGCCAGAAGAUUACAUUGUAUGAACUGUGAAUGGCCUACAAAUGACUUGUUAAUAUUUAAUGAGAAGCAUGUAUUUAUUAUCUGUCCAAAACAAAUGUACUAAAUAUAUAGAACUAAAAAAUGUAAAAAAUUUAUGGGUAAUUAAUUGCUUUAUAGAUUGAUCUCAUUGUAUUUGGAAAGGAAUGUUUCAUUGUUAAUUACAAAUGUAGUUUGUAUGAAAAGAUUUCUUCAUUUUAGUUUAAUGCUAGUUUUAGAAAUAUUUAAUGCCCAUUGUGAUGGUUGAAGUAAAUUUAGAAAUUAUCAAACAUGAUACACAUUUUUGUAACAUUCAUUUGAUUUGAAUUGAUUUUUUCUGCUUCGAUAAAAAAUUAAAAUUUUAUAGAAUAUUAGAUUUCGAAAUAUAAAUCCAACAUGAGGUAGAAUUUGACAGAUGUAUUUUAAAGAAACUUUUUUUUUAUCUAAAAGAAAUCCAAGAGUUACAGAGCAUAAGAGUUUCAUGCAUUGCCGAAGAAUAUUGAAGACAAGUAGAAAUAAAUUAGGACAUCAUGAAAAAUA